AGGGGAUCCACACACCAGCCAGGAGGGAAGGAGUGCAGAAGGUUAUAAAAAUCAGGGACAGAGCGGUGCAUUUUCAUUUUUAGUCAAGAGGAAAAUUGGUUUGAGUCUUCCAGUCCUCCUGGAUUAAACCCUGUUUUGAUCAAGAAAAGACAAUCUCUCCCUGGAUGAGCCUGAAGUGUGGAUGAGGAACCACAGGGGAAAUUCCAGCAAACAACAAACAGUAAAGCAGCCCCAUUGAUCUUUCUUGAAGUGCUGAGUGAUCCUGGACACCGGGGUCGGGAUGGGCAAUGAGAACAGCAGCGCAGAGAAUGAGAACACUCCACAAGACUCAGAAUUAGGCCAACCUCCUGGAAACGACCACAGUCUAAAAUGGAGCCCCCAGAAAAAGAGCAGAGAAAAGUCUGGAGGUCAGGACAUCUCAGAUCCUCUUGCUGCUGCUGUGCCACUGGCUGAGAGUUUGUCCCCCUCGAUUCCAGGACCUACAAGCGUCGGUAAUGAAGGCAUCAGCAGCCACAGUGCUGAAGAGCUGUCCAGCCCAAAUCCCAGCCCAAAUCCCACUCCAGAGGGGACGGGACAGAAAGCUGCCUUGCAAGAGCAAGGAGGACAGACAGACUCUGAUUUCUCUGAGCGCUCUGCUGCAGCCAGGGAGAGAAGCGUGCCCGUCACAGACUGUGCCAAACUACACACCUGGGACUGCGACAGAGCACAGCCACCCCCAGCCCUGGGGAAGGACAAAGCAGAGGGAUCAGCGCAUGUCCAAUCCGAGGACAAUCCCGCUGCCUCCUCCACCAGAACCGGGGAGAACGAGCCCAGAAUCCCACACCUGGAGCCCGGCGCUGCGGCAGCGCUGGCAGAAACGCGAGGAGCCGCAGGCACGAGCCGGGGUGAAUCGGGAUGGCUCCAGCAGGAACAGCAGCUGGGUGGCAUCAGGGACACACGUGCCACCACGUCUGCCCAGGGUGAAGCAGCAGCAGGUUGUUUCGCUGCUCUGGAGGCCCAGCAGCAGCCAGGAGUUUUGGAAGUAGGUCAGCUGCCGGCGGGAAUGCAGCAAGGUAGACAGAACGCAGAUGGUGGAGAGGGUCUGGUGAUGAGAAAGGAAACCCUAAUCCCAAAUUAUCCAGCAACAGGAGGCUCAGACGGUGAAAAAUUUGGAGCAAUUGUGAAUGCUCAGGGCUUCACUGAGAUCUGUAAUCUACAGAUGGGGGCUGGAACAACAGCUCAAGGGAAUGAGGCAAAUCCUGCUCUAUCUGGAAGCAAAAGGAAGCAAUCAGAACCCUGUACUUUAAUGUCAGGGUUGCCUUCUAGCCCUCAAAAUCCCUUCCUGGUACCAAAGCCUGAAGAGCCUUCGAGGGAAUAUGUGCCUGGGAAUGGCUCUCGAGAUCCAGCGAGGAGUGAAGCAGUGAAAACAGCCUCUGAAAAAAACAAACCCCUUUUUCAAAGAGAGCUUCAAAAGGAGGAUGAGCUUGUUAGUGCCGAGCAUUUCAGCGUGCCUUUAUCGUUUGAGAGAGAGGAAGAAGAAAAAUCAGCUGUCACCACUGAAAGCCCAAAAGAAGCCAAUAGCAAAGAAAUUAUAAAAGCUGAUGAUGCGUCUAGAGAAAGCACCACACUUUCUGAAACAGAAAGCAUUAUCAGUCCCACCAAGGAAAAUUCAGUGGGAGAUGAAAGAUUAUUGCUGGAAGAAUAUGCAUUAAGUACUUCUUUGAGCAGAUCCACAGAGCUGUACGAAAAGGAAACGGGGGCGGAUGUAACAGGAAGAAAAAAUGGAAUCAAAACAGAGGAUGCACAAGUGUCAGAAACCAGUGAAUUACCUGAGGGCUCAAGUGAGGCAGGAAGAGAAUUUUUGAGCUCUGUUAGUAGCUACCACCAGGACACAGAAAAUACCCACUUGGAACACGAUCCUGAAAAAUUCAGUCCUUGUGAAAACACUUCAGCAGGUGACCUGGGGGAAGAAGGUGAGGGAAAGCCUCUGAAUUUAGAGAGCAACUUUAAAUCACCCAAAGGCAAUUCCCAGUCUCAUGGUUGUGAACCUAAACAACAAAGGAGCAAAGGGCAAACCUCUGCCCCAGAUGGCCUGGAGAACAAGGUGGGGGCUUCACCUCAGCUGCCAAGGGAGGAAUGCCCACGGAGUUUUGAUUGCUUUAACUCUGAGGCAGAAGGCAAAACUUGGGGCCAGUCAGGCUGUGACGGGACUGAAAAGGUUUGUUUAGAUGGUGCACACAGUUCACUGCUCCUCCACCCUGGGAACAAUCAUAUUAAGCAGACUAAGCAGGUUGAGUCCUGGGAAAAGGCUUUUGCUAGAGAAACUGUGCUGGAAUCUGAAUGCAAAGCUGAGAGUGAAGAAAAGCCUGAGAGCUCCAGCAAGUCAGGAGAAAGUGCAAAAAUGCCCAAAUUAAAACUUAAUCUCCAGGCCUUAAAUGAGUUGGCAGGGACUAUGGGACAAACCAAGGAGGCCUCACAAGCUCUGGAAACCAAAGAACAGAAGAAUCCCAUCACCAAAACACCUCACAGAGAUCUAGAGCAGGAACCUGCAGCUGCACACAGCAGCAAUGCUGGGGAUGGAAAUCAAAAUGAGGGUGUUCAAGGAGAGAAGCACCAAACUGCAGUGAAAAGUUCCAUGGAGGAUGAAGAUUUGACUCAGAAAAGUAAAUGUGAAUGGGAUGUGCAAGCUCAGCUGGAGCAAGUGGCUGCAGAAGGUCACAGAAAUACACAGAUGGCUCGUUCAGAACCCCCCAAAACUGCAGUCAGCGCUUCAGGACUUGCUGAUCACCAAGUUCUCACGGAGGAAAGGGGUGACAGCCACAUCACUGCCGACAGCUGCCCCUCUGGGAGGGACACAUGCAGCUCUCUGGAGGUCCUGGAGAGCAGGGUUGGAAAGGGGCAGGGAAAUGAAGGUGCUCCAGCAGCUCCUCCCCAAGCAGAGCGAGCAGAGCAGUCACUGUCUGCUGCUGGUGGCAGUGGCUGCAGUUCAAAUACAGAACUUGAAGAGCAGGCGCACCGGAGCAGCCUGACAGCUGUCAGGAGAGCAGAUGAUCAGCAGCACAAAGGAAGGGCACCACAACCCGAGUGGCUGCACCCAGAUAAUCACAGCAACUCGCCACAAAGACCUCUGGACGCUUCAAACAACCCUGACAAACAAUCCUCUGUGCCAGCACCGCCCCAGCGUGGCUCUGACAGGCCAAAAGAACGGGACAAGGACGACAGCAGCACUGAGGACGGGGGCAAACACAGGAAAAACACUUCUGGUGUGACCGCGCUUAAUUUGCGAGAUUGCAGCGAGCAAAACAAAACCCAUCCGAAGGCAGCAGAAAAGUGCUGCAGUAAGCAAGAGCCCAGCAAGCCCCAGCAGGGUGAUAAUUCUUUGAUCUCAGCGAGGCAGCAUGAAGCAGCAUGUCAGGGAGACACGUUUUGUAAGGAGCUUGAAAAGAAUGAGCAGCCAGGCAGCGUGUGCAGGAGGGAGGAUAAUCCUGGUGAAAGCCGUGCUGCUGCUGCUGCUGUGAACGCUCCUCCAGGGACACAGGACUCAGCAAGUGCCACUAACAUGUCCCAGGCUUUGCCAAGCGAUACGGAAAUAGCACGUACUUCUGAUAAUUCUGAGAAAAACAACCCCCAAAUAUCUGGUCCAGAAAUGCAAAGGAAAAGGCCAUUAAUGGCAAAAAAAACAGAAAAUAUUCUGACUACGGAUGCGGGAAUCAUGCUGAAAGAUGGGGACACAGAGAUGAGUUGUGAGGACACUGCUUCUGUCCCAGAAACAAGCAAUAUAAAGCCUGCUACAAGUCCAGGGGCACAAGGAUCUCCUCCACCGUUACAGGCACACGGGGAAGAAUUUCUCACUGAUAACUCACUUAAAUCCAGCUGCACUCAAAAUGCAACAGAGCAGCCUGGUUAUUGUCAGGCAAAUUUUACAACUUCUGCACUCAGCCAGCCCAGCCAGCAACCUGGAAACAGCACAGACAGGGCCACUGGGGGGGAGUCACUAAAUAAUGAGCUGGAAGUUGUAGCAUCCCAAAACACCUUAGCAGGUACCUCUAAUUUGCAGGGUCCCCCAGGUCCUCAGGUGUCAGCACCCUUAAGUUCCUCACCCAGGGCAAGCACAGGUAAAGCAGAAAAUUCAGAAAUCAGCUCUGCAGGGAAUACGUGUGUGAGUGAAAAAGACUGUCCAAACCAAAGUUUUCGGGGUGAUGGAGACAGAAUUUUUGCCCUGUCAGAGACUUUGAAUGUAGGGCAGAGAACUGGAGACUUAUCACACUUCAACGCUGAGAAGCUGAAGAAAGAGAUCUCUACAAUUAAAUCCAAAACAACAAAAAGUGAGCCAAGCUUCAAAGAGCAGCAAAGUGACAGUUCAGCAGAGUCUCUGUUAGCACUCCCUGCUCCAGAAGGGAAGCUGCUGAGCCUUUCAUCAUCACGAGAAGGCUGUAAUGAGGAAAUUGCAACCAAUACCUGCGUAGAUGACAAGUACGGUAAGAUCUUAGAGAAACCUGGGAAUUCAGAAAAAAUGGAAGAGCCUUCAAAACAGAAUAGUAACAUAACCAGGGCAGACAUCAGUGUCUCUGAGCAGUCUGCAGAGAACCCUGGAAGGGAGCAUGAGGCUCUGACUUGCAGCUCUCUGGGCAGUGGCUCCAGCAUCCCCGACUUCAGGGAGCACAUCAGCCAGAUUUUUAAAAAAACUGUCCACAGCACACUGAGUGCUGAAUUACCCCCACUUCUGACAGAAAACCAUGCAGGCUUCAAGCAGAGCCCACCUGCCAAGGACACAGCAGAACUCUGUGGCGCUGAGAACUUUUCAGAACCAAACAAGGCGGGCAAAGGAGCUCCCGAGGGCACCUCAGAAGCAGAGGGGCAAGAGUUGUCUUUAGCCACCGAGAUUUCCCGCAAAGCUGCAGGGGGAAAAUCUCUGCCACAAGAAAGCACAGUGGCAGAGCUGCCAGCAGCAAGUCUCCAGGACACUGAGGAAAGCAGGCAGCCCGCUGGCUGCUCAGAAGUGGUCCCUAGCUUGGAUGGCGCUCCGUCUGCUGAACAAGCUCCGGGAAAUCUGCAAAAGCCAGGCAAACCCACUGAGAGCGGUGAGAUGCAAAGAGAGGACGGCGUGUGCGCUGGUGGCGUUGAUCCUGCAUCGCUAAUGAGCUUAGAGAUAAAGCAAGGACCAGCUUCAUUUGAUGGGGCAGCAGCUGGGAACUUCCCUGCGUGCUCCGAGAGCCAGCAGCAACCCACCAGAGCUGGCAUCCCUGCAGGCAGCGUGCAGCGGAGGGACGUGGAAGGUGCUGCUGCCACAGAGGGAAACAACUUGAUUACAGGGUGCAAUGCCCAGCCAGUUUCCUCUGAAGAGGAUGUAAGAAUCCCUACUGCACAGUGCCAGGAUCCCAAGCCAAAUGAACAGGAGAGAAGCGAGCACGGUGAUGCAGACGCCGCCAAGAGCAUCUCUGACAUGGCAUCUCCAACGCUUGUCCCGGGAGGAUCUUACAACCACGAAAAACUGCCAGACAAUUUCAGUGUGUCACCUGAGGAAAACCAGGAGGCAAACGUUCACAGCAGUUUUGUGCAUGACUUUAGGUCUCAGAGUGACGUGCGGAUGACACAGGGCGAGGCAGUAAAUAGGAAAUGCUCGGAAACAUUGGGAAAUUCUCAAGAUGCCCAGCAGGAAAAGAAAGUGAGCAUGCAUGGGUUAAUAGAUUACUUAAAAACUGAAGUAAGCCAGGAUGAUUGCUUGCAAACUGACUGGAAACUAGAAUCUGGCAGUGUGACCGAGGCAGACGUGAAAGAGAACAGUGACACAGCGUUCAGCACAGCGAGGACAGGUAAUGAAAAAAGUGGAGACAUCCCCGAAACUGGUACUGCAAGGAUGUUAGUCACUGCUGAGGGAGACCUAGCUAUGAACACGAGCACUGAAGAGCAGGAGGCAGACCUGUACAAAAAUCCCUCUCCAGCCCUCCCCGUGCCGGAGCAGGGCGAGCAUUCUGCACGUGCAGGACUCGCUGUUGCUGAAAAUCAGCCAAGCAGGAUGAAUUCAGAACAGGAAAGCUCCCUCCAGGAUGCCAAAGGAAAGCUAUCACCGCUUGCAUUAACUGAGCCGAAGAACCUUGACCUCAGUGAACUUCAAGACGUGGCUGUGGCAGGAUUACCCACGGAAAGCCCUCGUGGGCCAGGUGACGAUAGUCAGUUGGCUUCUCCCCUCGAUCGCUGCGAGCAUCCCUUGCCUGCGCCUGCAGCCUUUGGAAAUGCUGUCCCGGUGGGAGCUGCUGAGCUGACUGCAGCCAGCACUUCCAAGCCUGAUAGCUGCAGAGUAGUUGAUAACCACGUUUCUGAGGAUGUGCCUUUGGCUGUGGCCCCUGGUGAUGUAGAGCUGCCUGCUCAAGAAACCAAAGGUUUCACAAGGGAAAAGAAAAGGAGCUCCGACUCUGAAGAAGCAUUUGAGACCCCGGAGUCCACUACACCUGUCAAGGCACCACCUUCACCUCCACAGCCACCCCCUGAAGCAGCAGCAGCAGCAGUUGCAGAGGUAGCAGAGCAAGAAAUAAAACCUCAGCUGCCCGUGGAAGAUACAGGACCGUGUUCAGAAGCUGAACCCGUAACCGAUGUGUCACACAGUGAGCCAGUUCAGGAGAGCCCUUUCCGUCCCCCUUGCCAUUCCUUCUCCACUGUCUUCGACGAGGACAAACCCAUAGCCAGCAGUGGAACCUACAACUUGGACUUCGAUAACAUCGAGCUGGUCGAUUCUCUCCAUGCCUUAGGACCGAGCUCGGCAGAGCCCAAGAAUCGUGACCCCAAAGCAAAUGUCCGGAGAAAAUCCACAGAUUCGGUCCCGGUUUCCAAAUCCACGUUGUCUCGCUCUCUCAGCCUGCAGGCCAGUGAUUUUGAUGGAGCAUCUUACCUCGGCAACAGCGACACAUUAGCGCCGUCAGCAGAUGUGUAUGGGACUGGUUCCAGCAGUGCUUCCAGUACCCUCAAGAGAACGAAAAAACCCAGACCAGCUUCCUUAAAAAAGAAGCAGUCAGCCAAAAAACCUCUGGAUGCUCCACUGGUGAAGGAAACCCCACAAGAACCGCCUGAGCUUGGCCAAGCAGCUUGUGAGGAUAAAGCACCCGAGGUGAAGGCUGACUCGGCAAAGCCCGAAUGUACUGAACCUUCCAAAAUCUCUGCUGAGAAAGAGGAGGCCCCGCCUGUGCCUGAAGGAUCCGACCCUUCGGAUCCGGACCGUUUCGAAGGGAUUAGUGCAUUUAGCUCCAGAGGUGGCAAGGUGCAGAACUCUCCCCCUGCCAGCAGGAAAACACUACCUCUAACAACGGCCCCCGAGGCUGUGGAGGUGACUCCGCCGGACACCGGGGGACAGGAGGACCCUCCCGUCAAAGGCCUUGCGGUGAGGCUGGAGUUCGAUUAUUCUGAGGAGAAAGGGGGCGGUGAAGACCAGCAGGAGAGCACUCCUCCUCCCAAAAAAGCAGGGAAAAAGCCCGGUGCUAAAAUGCCGCUACGGAGGCCAAAGACUAAAAAACCGGUGGAGAAGCUUGACAAUGCUCCAACCACCCCGACCAAGUCGCCCACUGAUCCGAACGAAAUCCCCAUCACGAAAGGCUCUUACACUUUUGAUAUCGACAAGUGGGACGAUCCCAAUUUUAACCCCUUCUCAUCCAGUACAAAGAUGCAGGAAUCGCCCAAACUGCCUCAACAAACGUACAGCUUCGAGCCGGACAUGUGUGAGGACUCCAUUGACCCUUUCAAGUCUUCUUCUAAGAUUGCCAGCUCGCCUUCCAAAUCUCCAGCUUCCUUUGAGAUACCAGCCAGUGCCAACGAAACGAACGGAACGGAAGGCGACAGCCUGAACAAACCUGCCAAGAAGAAGAAGACGCCACUAAAAACUGAUACAUUUAGGGUGAAAAAAUCACCAAAAAGAUCCCCACUAUCAGAUCCUCCUUCUCAGGAUCCUACUCCACUGCCAACUCCAGAAACACCUCCUGUCAUCUCCACGGUGGUCCACGCCACGGACGAGGAGAAGCUGGCGUCCUCCGUGACGGGUCAGAAGUGGACCUGCAUGACCGUGGACCUGAACACGGACAAGCAGGACUACCCACAGCCCUCUGACCUGUCCACCUUCGUCAACGAGACCAAGUUCAGCUCUCCCACAGAGGAAUUGGAAUAUGGCAACUCAUAUGAAAUAGAAUAUAUGGAGAAGAUAGGCUCCUCUGUGCCUCAGGAUGAUAGCACCUCGAAGAAGCAGUCCUUGUACCUAAUGUUUGAUGCACAGCAGGAGAGCCCGGUGAAGUCACCUCCCAUCAGAUUGUCUGACUCCACCACUCCCUGCUCAGGGUCGAGUUUUGAAGACCCUGAAGCGCAGCAGUCCUCUGGCAUGAAAAUACCACACCCAGCUUCCCGAGUCCUAGCUGCCAGCCAAGAGGCACAUUUACAGUCCCCUGACAAGGCCAAGCAGAAAGACCUGGAGCCCAUGACUCUGGGAACAACUCCAGAGGCUAUUGAAAUUACAUCUCCUGAAGACUCCUUUGUCUCUGCUGAUGCUCUUCUCAAUAGGAUAUCUAAGAAAGCCUCAAUAUGUGAUCAGCCUGAGUAUCUAGAUCCUGACCUAGCAGAAAAGAAUCCCCCAGUAUUUGCUCAGAAACUUCAGGAGGAGCUAGAGUUUGCAGCCAUGAGGAUAGAAGCGCUGAAGUUAGCCAGGCAGAUUGCCCUCUCCUCUUUGCGCUCCAAGAGAGAACCUGCUAUCCCAGCAGAUGUUUCCAUCUCCAAAAGCGCGCUGUACUCCCGCAUCGGCGCCUCGGACGCAGAAAGCACCGCGGCUCUGCUCUACCCCCAGCAGGACUUGGACUCUGCCCUGCGGCUCGCCAGAGCAGAGAUUGUGGCCAAGGAAAGGGAAGUAUCUGAGUGGAAAGAGAAAUACGAAGAAAGCAGAAGGGAAGUGAUGGAAAUGAGAAAAAUAGUUUCGGAAUAUGAGAAGACGAUUGCUCAGAUGAUAGAGGAUGAACAGAGAGAGAAAUCAGUCUCCCACCACACGGUUCAGCAGCUCAUAGUGGAGAAGGAGCAAGCUCUGGCCGAUCUGAACUCAGUGGAGAAAUCCCUGGCAGAUCUUUUCCGGAGAUACGAGAAGAUGAAAGAAGUCCUGGAGGGGUUUCGGAAGAACGAGGAAGUGUUGAAGAAAUGCGCGCAGGAAUAUCUGUCACGAGUAAAGAAGGAAGAGCAGAGGUAUCAGGCACUCAAAAUUCACGCCGAGGAGAAACUGGACAGAGCCAACGCUGAAAUUGCACAAGUGAGAGGCAAGGCCCAGCAGGAGCAGGCAGCGUACCAGGCCAGCCUUCGGAAGGAGCAGCUCAAAGUGGAUGCCUUGGAGAGAACACUGGAACAAAAGAAUAAAGAGAUAGAAGAAUUAACAAAGAUUUGUGAUGAACUGAUUGCCAAAAUGGGGAAAAGCUAACUCUUAACCAAAUUUCUGGACUUCGAUAUUGAGUGCAAUAUGACCAUUGGCACACUGAUGUCCAUACAUUUAUGUGGACAGGUUAUAUUUUCACUUUUUCGUAUGCACUACUGUAUUUUCUUUCUAAAUAAAGUUGAUUUAAUUGUAUGCAGUACUAAGAUGACUAUCAGAAUUUCUUGCUAUUGUUUGCAUUUUCAUAGUAUAAUUCAUAGCAAGUUGAUCUCAAAGUUCCUGUAUCAGGGAGAUUGUCAAGUUCUCUAAGAAAUUACAAAUUGCUGAUCCUAGCCUUCCCUUUGUACAUGAGUUCCCAUGUUGGAUGUCUUUUGGAUUUAAUAUAAACAUGUAUUACUUGCAUGGGGACUCUUGCCUUAAGGAAUGUAAACUUUAUCUGCAUUUGCUGAUUUGUAAAAUAAAAUUUAAAAAAAAAAAAAAAAAAGAAAAAAAAAAAGGAAAAUGCAUGUCACAAAUGAAAUUCUCUAUUGUAAAUAAAUUUUUUCGUUGGAAGUUGAA